AUGCUGCAUCUGCAAGCAAAGCCUUCGAAAGCGGUUGCUGCUUUGCAACCGCGGUUCUUCACUAUACCGGGUCCGCUUAUAUGCAUAGCGAUGUCACUCUUUCUCAAUCCGUUAUCUCUUGGUGUUCAUGCUAGCUCUGCCCAAUACCCUGUCCCAUCUCCGUCUCCGAUCAGACACGGUCAUUCACUCGACAUCCCAGCCCGGAACAGCAUUCUACCCAGUGAUCUUCAAGAGAUCAUUCUGAAUGGCCCCGAUGAGCAAAAGGCCCGCGAGUGGAAUCUCCACUAUACGUCCGAGCCACAUUUCGUGGGCCAAGGAGAACCGCUCGCUGUGUGGACUCAGGACAAAUGGCGCGAAUUUGGAAUCGAGAACACCUCAAUCAAGUCAUAUCCAGCCCCAGAUGGGCCCACCCUGCCGUUGUAUCAAAGGCUCGCCUUGCUCGAGCGGAAGCCUGGGAACGCCGAGGACCAAGAUGACACAGUAUUAUUCAACGCAAGCCUGAAUGAAAGUUCGACCUUCGUGAACCCCGUCAGUGGAAAGAUCAUCAGCAGUCCUCAAUUCUUCUCCUGUACGCCAAAUGCUAAUGUUACGGCACCCUUCGUGUUUGUCAAUUAUGGUACGGAUUCAGAUUACGAUGAUCUCAUGCACUCCAAUAUCGAUGUGAGUGGUAUGAUUGGGAUUAUGAAACAAGGUAAACCGUACAUUCGGAGCGCCCUAGGUGAAGCACAGAAGAGAGGCAUGGUAGGCUUGGUAGUUUAUCUCGACCCGGAGUUUGACGAAAAUGUCACCGAAGCACAUGGCUAUCUGCCGUUCCCUGAAGGCCCGGCGAGGGCACCCAGCAGCGUUGUGCGGCGAAUGGGCUUCUCCCGCAACGAUCCUUCACUGACGAUUCCUGUCAUACCAAUCUCAUACUCCGAUGCCCUCCCAUUUCUCAAGGCUCUUAACGGCCAUGGACCACAGGCGAGCGAGCUCAGCACCGCUUGGCAGGGAGGGCAGCUAGGAUAUCUAGGGGUCAAUUACAACGUUGGACCAUCACCGGACGGCUUGACCAUGAACCUAGUGAACACAUUCCAGAGUUACAAUGUCUCCGUAUACAAUGUGCUCGGGACGAUAAAGGGCGAGGUUGAGGACGAAGUGAUCAUCCUAGGAAACCAUCGUGAUGCGUGGGCUGCUGGUGCUGGCGACCCAAAUAGUGGUUCUGCAGCACUAAAUGAAGUCAUCCGUACCCUUGGUACCGCUAUGAAGAAAGGUUGGAGACCAUUCAGAACCCUAGUAUUUGUCAGUUGGGAUGGCCAUGAGACGGGAGGCAUAGGAUCCACUGCCUGGCUAAAGGAAAAUCUACCCUGGUUGUCUAGAGCGGUUGUCGCUUACCUUGAAAUCGAGACUGCUGCUACUGGCACAAAGCUCUUCACCAAAUCCAGUCCUCUUCUACGCGACGUCAUCUAUUCUGCUGCUGAGAAGGUGCUCUCCCCCGACCAGAGUCAACCGGGGCAGAGCAUCAUGGAUGCAUGGGGUGGCCAAAUAGAGCCAGAAGGUGGAGGGGACACUAAUGGUUUCGUUUCAAAUGGUUUUACCUCCAUCAACCUUGGUUUUGCCCCUGGCCCAACGGAUCCUAUCUUCCACUGGCAUUCUGACUUCGACAACAUACAAUGGAUGGACACUUUUGGGGAUCCGACAUAUGAGUAUCAUACUGCAAGUGCUAAACUGUGGGCGCUGGCUGCAACACACUUGGCGGACGAGCCAGUCGUUGCCUUCAAUGCCACUGCGUAUGCCGUGGCAAUGGAUGGUUAUUUAGACGAGCUGAGGGAUACAUUGAAAAAAGCAACAUCAGAUGAAGCCUAUCAACAAGGGGCAAAUUCAUGCACUGUCAACCUGCAACCAUUGAAAGAUGCGAUUGCAGAGCUAUACCAGGUGGCUGUUCAGUUUGACGCGGACGCAGCAGACCUUGCAGCAACGCUGACCGGAAAAAAUACAAUCCUAACGGCUUCAACCUACCGGAAAAACCAGAGGAUCCAGGAUAUUAACCAAAAGUACAGAACAUUCGAGAGGCAAUUCGUGGUUCCCUCGGAUAGUUCCCGGGUAGGUUCAUCUCAUGUUGUGUAUUCGCGAUCCUCGUACAAGUUUCCUGAGCCUACUUUCCCUGAUAUCACGAACAACGUGAAAGGCGGCAAAUGGUGCGAUGCAGAGAAAUCGAACCAAAUUGUCGCAGACGCGGUACGCAACGCUACGCAGUUGUUACGAUCGUAG